ACACAAACACACACACACACACAGUACAAAGAGCAACACGCUGGACGCUGGGAGCUGCUCAGCACACAAAAAACAGUAGCUAUGUCGAAUGAGAUGAGUGUCCCUCUUCUCAUGGAUGAAGAGGACACAGUUGAUGAUGUGCAUGCGGCUCCUUGUUCUUCCACUGUGGCCAUACUGGGUUCUGGUGACUUCUCACGCUCCUUGGCUAUACGGCUGGUGGCAUGUGGUUUUGGUGUGGCAGUGGGGAGUCGUUGUGUGAGGCGCAUCUCUCCUGGUCUCUUUCUGGAUGUGGUGGAGCUGAACAGUCAGGAGGCGGCAGUAGCAAAAGCCAAGAGGCUGGUCUUCAUGGCUUUGUUCCCUGAACACUAUCAAUCCCUGCUGGGCCUCAGGACAGCACUGGCUGGAAAGAUACUCGUGGAUGUGAGUAAUGCUGUGGAGUUGAACAGCAAGAGACCAUCCAAUGCAGAGAAGCUUGCAGAGAUGUUCCCAGACAGUGUGGUUGUUAAAGCCUUUAAUACAAUUUCUGCCUGGACUCUGCAAACUGGUGCACAGGAUGGUAGCCGGCAGGUGCUGCUGUGCAGUGACAGUGCAGAAGCAAAGAAUGAGGUGGCCCAGCUCGCCCGGCGGAUGGGCUUUUACCCAGUAGAUGUUGGCAGCCUGUGUUGUGCACAGCAUCUUGAAAGAAAGCCAUUGCAUCUCUUCCCAUCAUGGCGUGUCCCUUUCCUCACUACCUUCCUGCUCUUCAUUUUCUUCUACUGCUAUGGAUUUAUUCGUGAGAUUCUUCUGCCAUACUUGUCCAAUGGACAAAACUUCUUUUACCGCCUAGUCUUUGAUCUAGUGAAUAAAAGCCUUCCAUGCGUGGCACUGGUCAGCCUGGCACUGGUGUACCUGCCGGGGCUGUUUGCUGCUUGGUUGCAGCUGUGGAGAGGCACCAAGUACCAGCGAUUUCCCUGCUGGCUGGACACCUGGCUGCUGCAGAGGAAACAGCUUGGUCUACUUAGUUUCCUGUUUGCUGCUCUGCAUGUAGUAUACAGCCUCUGCCUUCCACUCCGUACCAUCACACAGCGCAGGCUUAUAAACACGGCUUACUCACAGGUGAAGUCAGGUGUGGAGAUGCCUUGGGAUGAACAGGGAGUAUGGCGCACUGACCUCUAUGUGUCCAGUGGAGUAUUAGGUCUGGGCAUGCUCUCCCUGUUGGCUAUCACAUCUCUCCCCUCAGUGGGCAACAUCCUCACAUGGAGAGAAUUCAGGUUCAUUCAGUCUGGACUGGGCUAUGCUGCUUUGACUCUCUCUGUCAUGCAUACGUUGGUGAUUGGCUGGAAUUUUGCCUUCUCUUCCAAGGCCUAUGCGUUCUAUAUGCCACCCAGCUACAUGCUAGCUGUGGCUCUGCCAUGUGCCGUGAUGGUGUGCCGAUGUUUCCUGCUGCUGCCAUGUCUGUCCACCAAGUUGGCACGCAUACGCCGGGGAUGGGAAAGCACACGCAAAUGCCCUGUGUCACAGCACCAGCGAGUGCAGGAGAACAGGACAGUUCCACAGGUCUAAUAGUCAGAGUCAGUUGACCUUGAUGAAGCAUUCACUGGUUUAACUUUAUUCAUUUUAACACAGAUCAUUAAUUUUAUUUAGCAUUUAUAUAAGUAUAAUGCACAAUGCACAUUUUUAAGAUGCUGUAUCCUUAUGGGAUGCAACCAGAACGGCUUUAUUACGUUAUUUUCCAAAAUUUAUUUAACACUUAAGGGGGUUGAUGAGAACCAGCAAUGGCCUUUCUCAAACUUUCAGAGACAGACCACACUAGCCUUACACAACCCUGCAAACUAUGAACUAUCGACUGAGUGCUAUACUAGUAUACCAAUAAGAAAUCAUUUGUAUCAGGUAAGCUGUGAAACUAUAAUUUCAAAAAACAACACUAUUUUAAAUGGGCUAAUAGCAAAUUUUACUUUUUAAAAGCACAUACCAGUUACAGAAAUGUGAAACAUUAUUUCUGCAUUGUUUAGAUACAUCUUGGAAAGUGCAUUCAUGUCAUUCAGACUAGCAAAAAAAAAAACCUUAAAAUAGUUUCCUUAACAAUUCAGUAAUUGCACUGCUACGGAACUACUGCUUCAUAAAAUAUAGUUUCCGUUGACAUGAAAACUGCCACAUUGUAAAUAGUUCCUGUUUGCUGAUUGUUUGUUUUUUUUUUUUUUUUAAUACAUUUGCACCCAUGUUAGAAGCCAUAGUCAGCCUUUCUGCUGAACCAAUAUCCUGUCAUCAAAAACUUACCUCCGGUUGACACGCAGUAAACCUUUUAUCACUAAGCUUAUACCAUAAUCAGUGCUUAAUGACUUCCAACUAUUUCCCUGCUAAGCUAAACAACAUAAAUUCUCAAACCUUAAUACAGCAAUUAAAAGUGUCCUUAUCUAGUGAAAGUUCACUAUGAUGGUUAAAUGUAAAGGAAUGUGUGUAUAGACCAUAAAAUCAGACAUAAAAAAGACAAUAAAAAUGCAAUUUCUCAUUCUGCAACUGAGUUUGAAGUACAUCUACACUGUUAUAGCAGAACUAUAUGUUGUCAUAAAAUAAAUACGUUUGAUGUUUG